GGCACUGUGUAGCUGUGGACACGUCUGGACGCGCCUGCUCAUACUUCUGCCUACACAAUUCUCUCGGCGCCUUCAAAUACCGACUCGACCUCCAUCUCCUCCAGCACCAUCCAUCGCAGCUGAUCUACAACAAAAAUGGCCAACGUUAUAGCGAACUCCAGCCACGAUGACAUGAUUCAUGACGCCGUACUGGAUUACUACGGCAGGCGGCUCGCGACGUGUUCUUCGGACAAGACCAUCAAGAUCUUCGAGGUUGAGGGCGAGAAGCACACACUGGUUGAGACCCUGAGAGGACAUGAGGGCGCCGUCUGGAGCGUAGCAUGGGCACACCCAAAAUACGGAAACAUCCUCGCCUCUUCUUCAUACGACGGCAAGGUCCUCAUCUGGCGCGAGCAGUCCGGCAGCUGGCAGAAGAUAUACGAGGUCGCCCUACACACACAGUCGGUCAACAUGGUCGCAUGGGCUCCUCAUGAGGCAGGCUGCCUCCUUGCCUGUGCAUCAUCCGACGGCAACGUCUCGGUGCUCGAAUUCAAGGACAACAACUGGACACAUCAGACCUUCCCUGCUCACGGUAACGGCGUAAACAGUGUUUCUUGGGCACCUGCAUAUGCACCAGGACAGGUCGUCAGCGCAAGCGGAAACCAGGCAGGCGCUGCGAAAAGGCUAGUCACCGGCGGAACCGACUGCCAGGUCAAAAUUUGGGAGUUCAGCCCCGAGAGCGGCAGCUGGAACGCGACACCGCUUGGUGGUCAUGCAGAUUGGGUACGCGACGUCGCGUGGUCCCCUACCGUCCUCUCCAAAUCGUACAUUGCCUCCGCAUCCCAGGACAAGACUGUCAUUAUCUGGACAUCAUCAGAUCUACGCGAGUGGAAGCGCACCCAGCUUGACGUCGACGCUGCCGCAUGGCGCGUGAGCUGGAGUCUAAGCGGCAAUGCGCUCGCAGUCAGCACUGGCGACAACAGGGUCAGUCUGUGGAAGGAGAGGCUGAGCGGCGGAUGGGAAUGCGUCAAGACGAUCGAGGAGUAGAACAUCUCUAUACAAGACCCAGCAGAGCCUGGGACACUCUUGCAAUACCCUGUACGUCUCGGCCUCAAGUUCAGGACCGACCAAUGGCCACCAUACCAGGACGACAGGCCAUGGUGUACUGAAUAUGGGUGUUAUCAGUUCACUUACGAACAAUAUUGAUGCAAGAGCAUGGCACGAGAGCAUAGUGUGACGCAUAGGUGUAGCACGAGCGUAGUCUUCAAUGAUCCAUCACGAUUG